AUGGCGUCAGAAAAGUCGGCUGAGCAUGCUCAUAUCGAGAAGCUCAUUGCCAACAACCUCCCUACCAGCCCCAUCUACGCCUUCUUACUGACUCCUGUACGUGUCGUCUCGGCAUCCAAGGGACAUGUAGUUUGCCGCUUGCUCUUGACAAAGAGUCAUCUGAACUCCAAGGGAGGCAUUCAUGGCUCAGUCUCGGCAACCAUUGUAGACUGGAUGGGCGGUAUGGCCAUUGCUUCGUACGACCUGCGAGAAAAGACUGGUGUGAGUGUCGACAUUCAUGUUACCUACCAGAGCUCUGCAAAGGAAGGUGAUGAAGUCGAAAUUGAGGGUAUCGCCGACAAGGUUGGUGGUUCUUUGGCCUUUACAAAGGUCAACAUCUUCAAAGUCCAGGACGGGCAGCGCGGCGUCGCUGUCGUGACAGGCACCCAUACCAAGUUCGUCAGAGCUUGA